GGGAGCGCCCGACGGCGAGGCCAUGGCGCAGCGCGGCCGCUCCCGCAGCGCCUUUCUGUGCUUCGUGCACGAUCAGCUGCCCGAGCUGAAGCGGCACGGGCUGCCCGUGGCCCACGUGGCGGAUGCCAUCCCCUACUGCUCCCCGGCAUGGGGGUCCCUGACAGAGGAAGAAAAGACAAUGUAUGCAGGGAAGGCUCGUAAAUGGAAUAGCAAGAAACGCUCUCAGAAUACUACAGUAAAGGAGACGUGUAAUCUGCCUGAUCCAGUUCCUGCCCCUCUGACCACAAAGAUGCCCAGUGUUACUCCUUUGCCACAUGCCUGUGCUCUGUCUUGGAAGAAUGACCAGGAUGUGAUUGCAGACGUCUUCUACUUCCUGGACAUUUACAGCUAUGGGAAGCUGCCACCCCAGUGCGAGCAGCGCUUCCUUCCCUGUGAGAUUGGGUGUGUCAAGUACUCCCUACAGGAUGGAAUCAUGGCUGAUUUCCACCACUUCAUAGAUCCAGAAGUACCACCACGUGGUUUUCGGUACCACUGCCAGACUGCUGGUGAUGAAACUCAUAAGAUCCCCAUAUCUGGAUUUCACCUUCCUCGUUCUUGUUACGCCGUUGUCCUACAGGAACUUCUUGAGUUUGCCCAGCCUGCCAGAGGUGCUCAGCCUCGCUUCUUCUGCAGGUCUAAUGACAGAUUCCGAAUUAAUUGGUGUCUUGGUCGAAUGGCCAGCAUAACAGGCAUUGAGAGCCAUUGGGAGCUUUUUGCUGUAGAAGACCUGAUUACAGAACUGUACCAGAAGAAAUACCAAAAGGAGCCAUCCAAGAUCUGGGUAUAUAGAAAACUGGAUGUCUGCCUGUGGGAUUUCUCCAGUAAUACCAGGUGCAAGUGGCAUGAGGAGAAUGAUAUCAUCUGCUGUGCUCUGGCAUCCUGUAAGAAAAUCAGUUACUGCAUCAGUAAAUCUUUUGCUAGUGUGUAUGGAGUCCCACUAACAGCAGCUCACCUGCCUCUGCAAGACUCUGAUUGUGAUCAAAGCACAAAUACCAGGAUUGUGAAACUGAAUGCUGGACAUAUCCAGAAAAUGAAAGCUGAGAGUUCUGGGUGUGACAAGCCUUUGGGCUCUCCAAGACAGGAUCAAGAGUUUGUCCCUUCUAAUCGUGAUUCUCCAUGUGGUGUGAAGACCUUCCCUUGUGGAACAAGUGUUGUACAAGGAAGAGGAGUUACUCGAUUGCUGAGAAGUGCGUCUGGUCUAUCCAAGUCUUUCAGUAACUGAAAAUUUCUUUCACAUCCAGGACAGCUGUAAAUCCUAAUUUUCUUUGUUUCCCUAAGAUAACCAGUAGUUUCUCCAGACUUCAGUUUUUCAUCUUUUGUGCAAACCUUGACAGUUCAAGUUCUUGUUAGAAUAAUAACACUAUUGACUGGAGUUAAAGAAGAUAAAAAAUCUUGUUCAUUAUCUAUGUGAAGAUGUAUUUUGAAGGAACCUGACAGUCACAUCUUUAAAAAUACUUGCUGUACUAGUUGCAUUUCUUAGUGAAUGGAGUGCAGUUUCAAGAUUGAUUAAUCAAUAUAAUUGAAUUAGAAGAAUUCUUUAGUGACCAGUGUGACUUUAGACAACUUAGACUUUUUGUUUUAUUUCCUUUUUAAUAGCCUUCCCAUCUCCUGCAUGUGGAAGAUAGAAUUUCAGUGUGUAACAGUCUUGCUUCAGAAGCUGGUGCAGGGGGGGAAGCACUGAAGGUGUGAAGGGCUGCCCUAGGGGAAUUAAUUAAAGGUCAAUAGUCCCAAAGAUUUGCUGUAAUAUAUUAGUUUUAGCCAUGAAGAAUUUGAGUGGUCUUUCAAGGCAAAAAAGCAGACCUUACAGAAAAUGUCUGGAAAGAAAUACUGUGGCAAAUUUAUCCAUCUGUUAAUGUACUUAGAGGCACAGUCUGUGUUAUAUACAUUGGGGACAAGUACAGCAUAGAUUGGUUUUUUUAAUUUGCAUCUGUUUUCUUUUUGAGAAAUGCAUGUCCCUCAAACUUAGAGACUGAAGAGAAGUGUAGGUGUUACGGGGUUGGUUGGUGGUUUUUUUUUCUGUUUUUUUUUUUUUUGGAAGGAAUAUCAAAUUCAAACUGAUAGAUUUCACAAGAGUUUAGUCGGGCUGGGUAGAUACCAGUCAUAUUAUUUGGGGGCACAUAAAAAAGUGGGAGAUGUCUGAUAUUUUCUAGGGAAGUUAGAUAUUCCUUUUUGUGGAGGUAGUGCUUGGACUAGUCCCCAAAAAGUUGUCGGUCUGAGCCUUGUGCUUAGUCCAUGUGUCUCCUAAGCAAGUGAUUCUCAGAACUAAGAGCUUAUUUUGUUAAGCUGUUCCUAAAUUUUGUACCAACAGAUGUCCAGUUUUGAAAUACUAUUUCCAUAGCAACUAACUGUGUGAAGAUUUCAUUCCAUGUAGGUACUGGAACUCAGGAUGAGGUGGUUCAUUCCCUUGAAUAAGGAAAAACUCAACAAAACAAAUGCAAGCAAAACCCAAAAUGCAGCCAAAAUAAGAGGUUUAUUUGAGCGUGCUGAUCGGUGUGUCAGAAAAGGCCAUCGCUGGUUUAGUUGGAAGCCUGUUACAGUUGCUGUAAGGCCAGUUGAGCCCUUUCUUCUAGUAUUUUGGGAUCACUGAGGCAUUUCUAUUCUUACCUAACUGUUCACCUCUAUCACUGAAUUUCUUCAAUUGAUUCUGUAUUUCCUUCCUUUGGGGCUGCUGUUCUACCUGCUAAUUUUAAUUUCCACAGAAUAAGGGACAAUAAACCUCUAAGUCUGAAAUUUACCAAUGAAGCACCCAGGAAUGUUGUAACAGACUGUCUUUUCCGCAUUUGUAUAGAGUUGUGCAAGUUCCUUAACUGACAGCCAUUGCUGCAUUGAUAUUUCAUGACAUACAGAACUGUUGUCUUUGAAUUAUUUUUCAAAGUGCAGUGUUGCAAUAAAAGUUUGUUUCAGUUAUUA